AUGCGACGUGCCGUGUCGCCUCAGUUCUCGCCAGGUCGCAUAAGAUCAUUCCUCGAGGGUAUUUGGACAGUCGCCUCACGUCUUCGGGUCUGCAUUGACGCAAAAAUCUCCCACCAAUCCAUCAUCAAUGUGAGCGAUUUAUCCGCAAGGUACAUCAUCGACACCACAGGGAAUUGUGUCUUUGGGAUCAACUCCAAGGCACUUGACGAGGAUGACUCAUUCCUACGCAGUGUAGCUGAGAAAAUCUUCACAAUGACUCGCGUCAAGAUGCUGCGGCAUCUCUUCAUGCAGUCCUUCGGGGAUAUUGCGAGGCUGUUUCGAAUGAGAAUGACAAAGAGAGAAGUUGAAGAGGUUUUUAUAUCACGGAAUUGCACGCAACUACACAGCGAUAGUUUCAUGCAACUUAAGCAGAAGUUGCAGAAGGAAGGGAAACUGACAGAGAGUCAAGUUGUGACCCAAGCAUUCAUUUUCUUAGUGGUCGGUUUCGAGACAUCGGCUAUCCAUCAAUCCAGGACGACUUGA